UUUGUUUUUCAACUUGGAUCUCAUUUUGACUAAUAUUGUCUGUGCGUGUGAGGUGUAAAGCUUUUGAAAAUUGAUACCACGUCGCGCUAGCGUCGCCUACACACAGCAGCUCAGUGUUGCCAAAGUAGGGAAUUUUUUGUAGACCUAGGGAAUUUUUCUCUAGCGUAGUGCUUGGACUCCUGGGCUGUUCCCGCUUCCUUAUCCUCUUCACAAACUCCUGGAAUGUUCAUGUUCAUGUUCUGUAGGAGUGAUGUUUUGUUGUGGCCACUGCAGUCAGAAUUUUCUGAAAAGAUGUGCAUUUAUGGUUCACGUUUCAAAGUGCAGAGAAAGAGACAAGGUUGCAGCUGAGUCCAAAGAUAGUUCAGAUAGUUCAUUGAAUUAUGACUCGGACAAGGAUCCCCCUUGGAGUCCCUCUGGGAGUGAAUACUCUUCAGACUGUGAAUCGCCAUUGACACAAGAGCAGUUGAAUGUUGUAACUGAAGCAUGUAACUUCCUUACUGAUUGGGAUCCUGAUGAGUUUGAAGAAGAAGGCUCAGCUGGUGGGCAGUCUACAAUUGCUUCUGGUGCAGGCCAAUCUACCAUCUCAGCUGGUGCUGAAGAAUCUACUGGUGAUGGGCAGUCUACAAUUGCUUCUGGUGCAGGCCAAUCUACCAUCUCAUCUGGUGCUGAAGAAUCUACUGGUGAUGGGCAGUCUACAAUUGCUUCUGGUGCAGGCCAAUGUACCAUUUCAGCUGGCUGA